GGGUGGGGAGUAGGGGGGAAUGGGAGGACGAAGGGGAGGGGAAAGGAGAGGGGAGGGGAGGGUAAAUAGUGGGCCAGGGAGGAAGAUGGCGGCGGUAGUGGAGGUGUGAGUGGACCCGGUUCUCUGCGGCUGGAUUUUCUCUUCCCUUCUUUCUCUCCCUUUUCCUUACCUGUUUGAGAUUGGCAUCGAGGGGGCUGAGUUCGGGUGGCGGCGCUGGGCGCAACGCAGGGGUCACGGCGACGACGGCGGCUGACGGCUGGAAGGGCAGGCUUCCUUCGCCGCUGGUUCUCCUUCCCCGGUCUGCUCGGUGUCAGGCGCGGCGGCGGCGCGGCGGGCGGACCUCGUCCCUCCUCCUGCUCCCCCCCGCAUCGGAGCGGGCACUCUUCGCUUCGCCAUCCCUCGACCCUUCACCCCGGGGACUGGGCGCCUCCUCCGGCGCAGCUCAGGGAGCGGGGGCCGGUCUCCUGCUCGGCUGUCGCGCCUCCAUGUCGGAUAACCAGAGCUGGAACUCGUCAGGCUCGGAGGAGGAUCCGGAGACGGAGUCCGGGCCGCCUGUGGAGCGCUGCGGGGUCCUCAGUAAGUGGACAAACUACAUUCAUGGGUGGCAGGAUCGUUGGGUAGUUUUGAAAAAUGAUGCUUUGAGUUACUACAAAUCUGAAGACGAGACAGAGUAUGGCUGCAGGGGAUCCAUCUGUCUUAGCAAGGCUGUCAUCACACCUCAUGAUUUUGAUGAAUGUCGAUUUGAUAUUAGUGUAAAUGAUAGCGUUUGGUAUCUUCGUGCUCAGGAUCCAGAUCAUCGACAGCAGUGGAUAGAUGCCAUUGAACAGCACAAGACUGAAUCUGGAUAUGGGUCUGAAUCCAGCUUGCGGCGACAUGGCUCAAUGGUAUCCCUGGUGUCUGGAGCAAGUGGCUAUUCAGCAACAUCCACCUCUUCAUUCAAGAAAGGCCACAGUUUACGUGAGAAAUUGGCCGAAAUGGAAACUUUUAGAGACAUCCUGUGUAGACAAGUUGAUACUCUACAGAAGUUCUUUGAUGCUUGUGCCGAUGCUGUCUCCAAGGAUGAACUUCAAAGGGAUAAAGUCGUAGAAGAUGAUGAAGAUGACUUUCCUACAACACGUUCUGAUGGAGACUUCUUGCAUAAUACCAAUGGCAAUAAAGAAAAGAUAUUUCCACAUGUAACACCAAAAGGAAUUAAUGGUAUAGACUUUAAAGGGGAAGCGAUAACUUUCAAAGCAACUACUGCUGGAAUCCUUGCGACACUUUCUCAUUGCAUUGAACUCAUGGUUAAACGUGAGGACAGCUGGCAGAAGAGACUGGAUAAGGAAAGUGAGAAGAGAAGAAGAGCAGAAGAAGCAUGCAAAAAUGCAAUGAUAGAACUUAAGAAAAAAUCCCACUUUGGAGGACCAGAUUAUGAAGAAGGCCCUAACAGUCUGAUUAAUGAAGAAGAGUUCUUUGAUGCUGUUGAAGCUGCUCUUGACAGACAAGAUAAAAUAGAAGAACAGUCACAGAAUGAAAAAGUCAGAUUACACUGGACUACAUCCUUGCCAUCUGGAGAUGCCUUGUCUUCUGUGGGGACACAUAGUUAUUUCCAAAAGCCCUAUAGUCGCUCUUCCUCCAUGUCUUCCAUUGAUCUAGUCAGUGCCUCUGACGAUGUUCACAGAUUCAGCUCCCAGGUUGAAGAGAUGGUGCAAAACCACAUGACUUACUCAUUACAGGAUGUAGGUGGAGAUGCCAAUUGGCAGUUGGUUGUAGAAGAAGGAGAAAUGAAGGUAUAUAGAAGAGAAGUAGAAGAAAAUGGAAUUGUUCUGGAUCCUUUAAAAGCUACCCAUGCAGUUAAAGGUGUUACAGGACAUGAGGUCUGCAAUUACUUCUGGAAUGUUGAUGUUCGCAAUGACUGGGAAACAACUAUUGAAAAUUUUCAUGUGGUGGAAACAUUAGCUGAUAAUGCAAUCAUCAUUUAUCAGACGCACAAGAGAGUGUGGCCUGCUUCUCAGCGAGAUGUAUUAUAUCUUUCUGCCAUUCGAAAGAUACCAGCCUUGACUGAAAAUGACCCUGAAACUUGGAUAGUUUGUAAUUUUUCUGUGGAUCACGACAGUGCUCCUCUAAACAAUCGAUGUGUCCGUGCCAAAAUAAAUGUUGCUAUGAUAUGUCAAACCUUGGUAAGCCCACCAGAGGGAAACCAAGAGAUUAGCAGGGACAACAUUCUAUGCAAGAUUACAUAUGUAGCUAAUGUGAACCCUGGAGGAUGGGCACCAGCCUCAGUGUUAAGGGCAGUAGCAAAGCGAGAGUAUCCUAAAUUUCUAAAACGUUUUACUUCUUACGUCCAAGAAAAAACUGCAGGAAAACCUAUUUUGUUCUAGUAUUAACAGUGACUGAAGCAAGGCUGUGUGACAUUCCAUGUUGGAGAAAAAAAAAUUGAAUACUCUAAGCUGGAACAUAGGAUCUAUAGCCUUGUCUGUGGCCCAAGACCUUGGCCUUGUGUACAAAAAUGAAGAAAUAUUGCAAUAGCAAAGCUGAACAUCUAACACUAGCUGUCCUCCUGCUAGAUCUCCUCACUCAGCAUAUAAUAUAAAUACAUGUAAAAUUACAUGUAUAUGGCUAUAUUUUUAUUUGCUUGCUCCUAGAAGAGAAAAAAAAAAUCAACUUUGAAUCACAACUAGGAAUUGAUGAUUUAAUUUUUAGAAACUUUUUCAAAAUUUUUAAUUUACUAUGAUCUGGCCUGAGAUCCUCAGUUAUGUCAGGUUUUGUGCACAAAAGAAAAGCACAAAAGUUGGACGCACAUGGGGCACGUGCUUUCUGUGCACCAAAAAUCUGGAUGAGGUUCUUUUUUCAGGCCUACAGUCAAAUAUGUGUCCAGAAUUUUUUGACAUUUUUGCUUUGUAUAAUCAUAAAAUUCAUUGCUGCUGAUUUCUAUAAUGAUUCAUGUGUCAUGUAAGUGUCUCUUAAUAACUGAGGGCUGUCAAUAACCUGUGAUUUUGCCUUUUCUAUAGUCUUACUCCCAUGAAGAACCUUCGUUCUGAUGGAGAAAGAGUAAAAAGCUUUAUUUUUCCCCCCAGAUAUCUUUAUAUUUCUAUUAUAUUUUUUAGUUGUGUACUGUGUGCUACAGAUUUUUUUCAGUUUAUUACAAACACAAUUUGGUAAUUCCUAAAUUGUUUCUGCCUGCCUCCAAACAGAAACGUGUACAAAUCUUGUGGGUAUAGACUACUUUCUGGCAAAAUGGGAUAAAAUGAGCUCAUGUUUUCCUGAAAUUUCUGAGAGAAUAUACUGUAUUACUUGUUUUAAAGCAAGUCAGACUGUUUGGGUUUGGCAUUUGAUUCAAUAUUUCUAGUUUUCAAUAACGGGUAUGUUUGUUCUUCUAGUUUGGGUCAGUUUAAAAGAUAUAUUGCAAAGUAUACAUAGAAAAUGUGAGCAAUGCUUCUAUUUGCCUCUUGAUCAGAAACUUUACCGGAGCAGUAAAGGAUUCCACAUGAUUCAAACUGAAAUGCUUUUGUUCGUUGCUAUAAGAAUUUAAAAUGUAAAAUACCUUUUUCAGUUUUAGUCCUCGGUGAAAAAUAUUGAAGCAUGGAAUGGAGGCAAGGACUAAUACUCAUUGAGGUCAAAAUGACUGCCCACUUCAAAGUCUUCAGUGUGUUUACACACAAAUGUAUUUAUAUAAAUCAGAGGCAUUUUGUAUAAUAGAUGCUUUGCUGACUUGUUCAUCUCUGUAGAAACACAGAAAUCAGACCCAUUUUGUAAAACAGAAAGUCAUGUCAUGUAGAACAUGUCCUGUAUAUAUUCCAUACAUGGUAAUGGAGUCUUGAUGAUAAAUGCAAGAUGAUAAUUUAAUGAUGGGAUUAGUCUGAUCACUUAAUAUGCACAAUCCUGGAAGUGAAUUACUUGCAUCAGAUGUAGUGAUAUUUAUUAUUCUGUACAGAGAGAAAAAUACAUAUAAAGCAUAUGCUUACAUUACAUGCACGCAGAUUUCACGCUCCAUAAAUCUUUUCUAUUUUUUAAUUUACCUUUCUCUAACUGUGCAUGGAAUAUGCCUUAUUACAGAAAAAUGCUGUUCAUAAUUUGACUACGUGGAAAAGUGCCUAUAUGGUGGUAAUGCUAGUAAGGCAAAUAAGACAAAUUAUCAUAUUGGUUUACUACAUCACCAGUUAACAUUUUAUAUUGUGAUGUUUAAAAAAGAAAAGUUUAUACCUCAAAUGUGUAUUUUAUUUUACAAUCAGCUGUGGGAUAGGGGUUGGGAUGGGAGAAUUGGGGGGGUUAGGGAGGGAAGGUUUAUUCACCAUAGCCGCUGAUGGGAAUCUUCAAAAAAUUCUGUAUGGCCACCAUAAAUGUUUCUCUGUUUGCCAUUUCUGGUAAUUAUCAUGAACACAGAUAAUUAACUCUUUCAUAACUAAAUUGAAUAGCUUUAUUUUACAAAGGUAUGGAAAGUUUACAAAGCAGUAUCUAAAUCUAACUAUCAUUAGUUGCAUUUGGACUAAAUGUGAUGAUAUACUUUUGCAAUGUAUUCUGUAAAUAAAAUGACUACACUAAAAAUGUUUGUAUUAAAAAAAGAGGAAAAGAAAAGAUACAUUUUACCUUUAGAUAAGUGCACUGGUACUUCACUAGAGUUAAUCAUGCCCAAUCAGAUUUAGAAAUGAGUUGGGGGAUAUGGAAAGAAUUCAAAAGAAGUCAGAAUUUGCAGAAUUUGCCUAUUAGAAAAUAUUCAAACCCUCUAGAAUUAUUUUCAUACUGUUAAUGCCUACAUACUGAAUAUUUAUGAUGUUUUUCUCAUCCACAGUUAUUUCUCUUCCCUAAGCCAAAAAAAAAUUUUUUUUCUACCCUUUUACUGUCUUUUCUACUCAGUUACUCUUCUGCGCUAUGUUAGAAACUUAAAAAAUAUUGGUGAUGUGGGGGUUUUGUCCCUGAGUGCCCACUAUACAGGAUAAUAAGAGACCUCAGUGUUUCAGUUAGAAUUCAGGACUCCUAGUUUUGAGGGAGAGGAUAAUCAUUUAACACUUGGUCAGCCAGAGCAAGGAGGGGGAGGUCUGCAAGGAAGAUGUAAGAAGACAAAAUAAAGAAAAGCAAGAAUGGAUCUCCCAUUUGUUCAGUUUCAUCAACUAAUUUGUACACCUGCACAACAUCAGUGUCAGUUACUAAGAAAUUUUAGGUUGGGCUGAGCUGGUUCUUUUGUGAAAUCGUGCUGGUUACCUUUAAGCUUAUCAGUUAUUUGUCCAAUUAACCACUUUUCACCAGUAUUUAGUCCAGGUUGUACAGAUGAUGUAUUUGGAUUGUUGUCAUUGUUCAUCUACAAACUCAAAACAUAAUCAUUUUAAAGUAUCUUGGGAGUGUGUAGAGUGUAACUAUUCUAUAAUAGCUUUAUGAUCCUGAUAAUGUUUUUUAAAAAUAAUAAGUUGGAUCUUCCAUGUUACAAUCACAAAAUUAAAACCAGUAUUUAAAGUGGAAAAGUAUUAAAAUAUUAUGGACAAAU